ACCGUGCUGUUUCUAAAGCAACACCAAAUCAGAAUUAUCUGACGUAACCGUGAGUGCCCUGUAAAACACCCCCCAAACCUGGCUCGACACAUAAACCAGAAAUCUUCAAUCCCAAUCCUAACUGUGGCAGUAUCCUGGGUUUGCGUUUUCUGCUGCAGUUAACGAGCAUUCAGAGUGUUUAUCUAGCUGUGCCUUUACAAGUCUACUUAAAAACUGACAAGAGUUCGUAUCAAAACGACAGUUCACUGCUAACCGGUAACAGCUGACGGAGCACUAAGCUUGUUAGCCUGCUAAGCCCAGCUGUCUUCAGGCUGACUGCCCUUUGUCUUUGCAAUCAAGUCAGCCAGAAGGCGUUGUUUCUGCUCUGGGUCAGCUCACAUCGGCUUUAGGUGUUUACAUUUUUGCCUGACAAGUGUUAAGAAGACCAAGAUAGGCGGCUUGGGAUCCAAGAUGUCGAACCGAGCGAUAUGCAGAGAAGCUAGUCAUUCCGGGAGCUGGUACUCUGCUUCGGGACCUCAGCUGAAUGCACAACUAGAGGGCUGGCUGUCCCAAGCACAGUCCACUUUCAGACCUGCUCGAGCCAUCAUAGCACCACAUGCUGGGUACACCUACUGUGGUGCUUGUGCAGCACAUGCCUAUAAACAGGUUGAUCCUUCCAUCACUCGUAGAAUCUUCAUUCUGGGACCUUCACACCAUGUGCCCCUAUCCCGUUGUGCCCUGUCGUCUGCAGAAAUAUAUAGAACGCCUCUCUAUGACCUCAGAAUUGACCAGAAGGUUUAUGCUGACCUCUGGAAAACUGGGUUGUUUGAGCGGAUGAAUAUGAAGACAGAUCAAGACGAACACAGUAUUGAAAUGCACUUGCCUUAUACUGCUAAAGCCAUGGAGAGCCGCAAAGAUGAUUUUAGCAUCGUCCCUGUGCUGGUGGGUGCCCUGAGUGAAUCUAAAGAGCAGGAAUAUGGAAAGGUGCUAAGCAAGUAUCUGGCUGAUCCUUCCAACCUUUUCAUCAUCUCAUCUGAUUUCUGCCACUGGGGCAAUCGCUUCCACUACACAUACUAUGAUGAAUCUCAAGGGGAGAUUUACAGGUCAAUUGAACAUCUCGAUAAAAUGGGGAUGGGCAUUAUAGAGCAGCUGGAUCCAAUAUCCUUCACCAACUACUUGAAGAAGUAUCGCAACACCAUCUGUGGGCGUCACCCCAUCGGAGUGCUGCUAAAUGCUGUAGCUGAACUGAGGAAAUCUGGUUUAGGAAUGGACUUCACUUUCCUCAACUAUGCCCAGUCGAGCGAGUGCAGGAACAAGUCGGACAGCUCUGUGAGUUACGCUGCUGGAGCUCUCGUCGUUCAUUGAGGUUGACUUCUGGUUGGAGCCAUUGCAGCGCCACCACCCUGCCCUUAAUAUCUAUCGCCAUGACCCACACAAACACCCUCCCUCUCACCCGAAAACCCCAAAGGUACACACACUAUGAUCAGGAAGGACCUAAACACUCAAAGCCAGUACAGUCUUCUCCCUCUGUCUCUCCAUCUUUUCCGCCCUCCCCUCAGUUAAAGGUGUGAGUCAGAGAGUUUGGUAGAUCUGUUCUUUUGGGUGGGGUGGGGUGGGUGGAGUGAGUUAUAAGAGGAAAUGGUUUGUAGAAACGGUAAAAAAGGCAUGACAGUUUGUCCUGGUGUAAGUAAUGGGAGAGGGAAAUUAGUUUUACAGGAACGGUAUUUGUUCUUUUAGUUCAAUUAUGUUUUUCUCAUACUAUAAAUUUGAGUUGUGAUGGAAUCUUAACAAUUAGACUCUUGGUAGACUCAGGAUACUUGGUAUCCUGUGUUCAUGUAAUUUGUCCCCAGAAAAAAGGAAGAAAAAAUAAAAACUGCAUAAAGUAAAACUUAUAAUACCAAAAAUAAUUGCCAUGUGAACGUGGAGUGUACUUUGACUGACUGCGUUGAGGAAAAUGCAACUUGGGUAAUUUCUGCUGUUGCAUAACGUAUAUGGUAGUUGCUAACAAAUGAAUGACUAAUUCCCUUAUACAAGACCAAAAACAAUAUACUCUCAUACUAAUUCAUUAAAUAUGAUCUGUGUUAUUGGUAUAUUCUGUUUAAUUUCCUUCUUUUAUUUGUAGUAUUCUUAGGUGUGAUGGUAUUUACUCCAGUAGUGUGUAGAUUUGAACAAAUGCAGUGUUGUCAGUGAAGCUCCAAAUCCACAGACAUGGUUUAUCUGCUGAAUCUCAGAUUCCAUACUUGUGUAGCACUGAAGAUAUCAAAUAUGCCCAGGCCAGACUCCAGAUGGCGCUGCAACAGAGCUGCCAUUGAAGCUAUACUGCGUGAAAUUUAGCCACAUCUAGCAGUGACAUUAAACACUUUGGUUGCCUUAUCCCUGCCCAUGCAUAGAGGAGAGUGUAUGUUAGCUCUCAGUUGUCAGUUAAACAUGCAACUGUGGAUACGUUGAUCCAACACCAUGGACAAGAAACUACUCCAGUUGCAAAUAAGCUGCAGAGUGGUGAAAACAAUGAUUUAAACAAUGAUUUCACAAUGAAGUGUGGAAUACAUUUGACCUAAUUCUUACACAAUGUAGCUUUAAAACAGAAUUGGUGUAAAACAAACAAAAAAAGUCUGACUCCAAUAAUCUUUGUCUAAACUGCAAUUUUCAGGGUUGUGCACUAUUGGUGUGUUACCAGUUGAGUCACGGCACUUGGAUAACAGCAAAUCCAGUUUAGUCCAGUUCUGCAGUGAUAUGUGCUUGUUUGCUAAUAGGUAUUGUCCACAUUCACAUGUACACUGCCUUUGCCUCUUGUUUAAACUGCAGCUCCUCGAGGAAGACAAUAUUGCACAUGACCAGUAGGAAUAGGAAUAUAGGAAAACAUCUUAAAAAACAAUAUGACAAUGUUUUUCAGUUUUGAUAAAAGGCAUUGUGUUUUACUGGGCUAUUCUGUCCAUGAAAAUCUUAUCAAAAAAAAAAAGUGUGGGUCACGGUGUUUGGUCAAAUGAGAACAACAGGUUUUCUGCAGAUUCAAAAGCAAAGCUGAAAACAGUUAUUAAGGUGGUUAUGACUGUUAGAUACAUGGAAGCACCUGUUACUACAUUUGUUCAAUGGUAGUAAUUCACAGCUCUAUUCGUUCAUAUUUAAAGAUGAAAUUCAUGAUUCUUAUUCAAAGUUUGUGUUCCAAUUUUUUUUACUCUGUUGAAGUGAGAGAGUAUUGGGACGAGUCCUUCUGUCAGGGACAAUGUCAUGAUGAUACUGAAUUUAGUUAUUUGCAAUUCAAUAAUAUUUCCCGUAAUUCUCCUGCAAAUCUUUCCAAUAAUAAGCUGUAAAAAAAACCCCAACUAAAUACACCUAAGUUUAUUCCUUUCAGUGGCAGUGGAGUCUCAUAACAAUGGUGUGAAUCACAAUAUACAAAUGGCUGAUUCCUGUUGCUGUCGAGUCCUCUGGGUGAUGUACGUCGUUAACUCAGCAGCAUUUGAAUAAUAAUGUUGAACAAAGUCAGCGCAGACUGAAAUAAUAAACUCUGAAUGCACUUGAUCUUUAACCUAAAAUUUAAGGAAACUAGGAAGUAGGAAAUCAUGACACACUGUGCUAUUGUGCCUUUUAUCACUUGCACAUAUACAUAUAAAGCAUAUUCUUUAUUUGUCCUUAUUUUACAUUGUGCAUUUUUUGUGUUUUUUUUUCACCACAUGUAAACUCUCCCCUUUACUUUGUGCCCAACAAUGUCUCCAUAGCACAGGAGUGUCGGACCUGUCCGUUGCAUCUGUUGGCCUGAAAUGGCACCAACUGUUAUCUCCUCUCUCCAGCAGGGAGUGGUGUUCUGUUUUCUCCACCUAACCUUGUUAGGCUGAACCUCAACACUGUUUUAUGUUAAUGGAUUUUUUUGGUUGUGUCACAGAAAAUGUUUUUUUUUUUUUGUUUGUUUUAUAUUAUUUCACUCUUGCUUAGAGGAUAAGAACUUGUACACCACAGACCUAAAAUAUACAGUACUACUCUACUGCUCCCGUAAUGGAGUUGUUUCAAUCUCAGGUUCCACUGACAAAGCAUCCCAAAAGGCUCUUUGGAAUAGACCCAUGGAUUCAUGUUACAAAACAAGUAAAAUAUCCUGAAAAGCC